AUGGGACAGUGGAAACGUUGGAUUGGGAAGCUUCAAGCACCUACGGAUCCUGGACUUUCUACAGCACAGUUGAUGCUCACGAAUGAUUAUCUUAAGCCAGCAUCAGAUCUUUAUUCCGCCCGAAAAGACAGCCUUUACUACGGAUUUUACGGUAUUUCUUGGCACGUUUAUGCCGCCUAUUUCUGCGGCAUACUCAUCAAUAUCGUUGGCUUCGCCGGUGCUGUUCGGGUUGAUGUUCCAGUUGGGGCCCUCUACAUCUACAAUGUGAAUUAUUUCUCCGGGUUCAUCGUGUCUGGAGCGGUAUAUUGGCUCCUGGCUUGGCUGGUCCCAAUCCCGGGGACAAGUGUCACACGGAAUGAGAUUCCGUAUGAGAUAAGCUCUGUACCAGAUUUGGAUGAAAAGAAGGUUGAAGAAGCCUAA